CCCUCUCAAAUUCCCACGCACACAACACUCUCUCUCCGUCUCUACGUGACAUUAGGGCUCUUUUUUCUCUUUAGACUCGCCUCGAAAUUUCCAGUCCUCGAGCCAAGGGUCUCGAUGCUUCGUAAUGCCAUUUGUGAGUGAACCGAUUGAGGUUGAAUCUUGUUUAAGUGAAGAAGAAUAGAAAUGAUAGAGUAAAUGGCGCUAAAGCUUCCAGCUCCAAAAGCUGCUGAAAUCGCAAUUGGGUCGAUCGGAUGUGGAUAUGAUAUAUCAGAAGACUUGAGGCUCAAGUACUGUAAAGGCGAUUCGAAACGUUCACGGUUGAUUGAGAUUGAUGAAGAUGGGGGUAGUGAGAUUGUUUUGCCUGGUGGAAUUUUACUCCCAAAUGUCUCCAAAUCAAUAAAAUGUGACAAGGGGGAACGCACACGGUUCAGGUCUGACGUCCUCUCUUUCCAACAGAUGUCAGAGCAGUUCAACCAGGAUAUAAAUUUGACUGGAAAAAUUCCUUCGGGCCUCUUCAAUGCCAUGUUUGAAUUCUCGGGUUGUUGGCAGAAAGAUGCAGCCAACACUAAGACUCUUGCUUUUGAUGGGGUGUUCAUCACACUCUACACAGUUGCAUUGGAAAAAUCCCAGAUGGUAUUCUGUGAUCAUGUUAUGAAAGCUGUCCCAUCAUCAUGGGAUCCAUCUGCCUUGGCAAGGUUUAUUGGCACAUUUGGUACCCAUGUUGUUGUUAGCAUAAAGAUGGGAGGGAAGGAUGUAAUAUAUGUGAAGCAGCAGCAUUCAUCAACUCUGCAACCUGCUGAUGUACAGAAAAGAUUGAAGGAGAUGGCAGAUAAAAGAUUUUCAGAUGCUAAUGGACAAAAUGGCAUGGUUUCUGAACGAGUUUACCAGAAUGAAAAGUUUGAAAUUAGGGAACAGCGUCUGAGGUUUGCAGAUAUCAGUCCAUCGAGUACCUAUUCACGCAAGGAGGAUAUUCUAAGCAUUUGCAAGAGAAGAGGUGGAAGUGAUAGUAGACACCUAUCUCAUAAUGAGUGGUUACAAACUGUCCAGUCUGAGCCUGAUGUCAUCUCAAUGUCCUUCAUCCCAAUCACCUCUCUAUUGAAUGGAGUCCCAGGGAGUGGAUUCUUGAGCCAUGCCAUAAAUCUUUACUUACGAUAUAAACCUCCAAUUGAAGAGCUCCACCAAUUUCUGGAGUUUCAGCUGCCAAGGCAAUGGGCACCUCUGUUUAGUGACCUUCCACUUGGUCCACAACGGAGGCAGCAAAGCAGCCCAUCUUUGCAGUUUAGCUUAAUGGGCCCCAAGCUUUAUGUGAACACCACUCCAGUUGAUGUGAGUAAGAGGCCAGUGACGGGUCUCCGGCUUUAUCUAGAAGGUAAAAGGAGUAAUCGCUUGGCUAUCCACUUGCAGCACCUCUUGUCUCUUCCCAAAGUCUUCCAACUCGAGGAUGAUCUGAGUUCCAGCUUCCGCCAAGAUUCCUUUAAUCAUAGAUACUAUGAGAAAGUUCAAUGGAAGAGCUUCUCUCAUGUCUGCACUGCUCCUGUGGAGUCUGACGAAGAUCUAUCAAUAGUAACUGGGGCCCAAUUACAGGUUGAAAACCAUGGAUUUAAAAAUAUUCUCUUCUUGAGACUCUGCUUCUCAACCGUUGUGGGAGCUAUGAUUGCAAAACGUCCAGAGUGGGAUGGAUCUCCAGGGUUAGCUCCAAAGUCAGGACUUAUAUCAACACUGAUCAGCCAUCAUUUCACGACAGCUCAGAAGGCACUUCCGCGGCCAGCCGAUGUGAACAUAAACUCUGCUGUUUAUCCUGGAGGACCUCCUUCGCCUGUUCAAGCUCCGAAGCUUCUGAAAUUUGUUGAUGCAACAGAAAUGGUGAGGGGGCCGCAGGAAACUCCUGGUUAUUGGAUUGUCUCGGGGGCCAGACUUGUUGUUGAGAAAGGCAGGAUUUCUCUCCGGGUUAAGUAUUCUCUAUUGACUGUAAUAUUACCGGACGAAGAAGUGGUUGAGGAUCCAUAGUGGACAAAAGAAGAAAAAAGAUGUAGAGAUGGGAGUUACAGUGAAACUUAGGUAGCAUCCUCCAUCUAUCGUAGGAAAUAGAUGGAAUUGAAGGAGACCGGAGGAUAAGCUUUGAAGCCUAGAGGUGUCUGUUGUUCUUUAUUUCCACCUACGAUGUUUCUUUCUCUAGUGUAGAUGCUAAUUACAAAAAGGCAAGGCGGCAUAAAAUCACACGGGCAAGGGCUCAACGUCGAGUAUUAGGUGUUGCAAAAGUUGGGGGCUAUAAGUUUAAGUGAUGGCCUGUGUGCAGCAUGCUAGCUACCCCGGGUUGGGUGUUGAACAUAGAUGGGGGGUGAUUAAAAUGAAGGGGUCAGACACAAUAGCCAUUCAACAAUGUGCAUGAAAUGCAUUCUUUUUUUCUUUUUUUCUUUUCUUAAAAGAAAAAACUUGUUCUCUAAAUUUACACUCGAGAUGGUGGUACGUAGUGUAGCCGACUGGAUGGUUCCUUUCUGUAGGUGCUUUUUCCCAUGCUGUAUUGACUGCGUUACUAUAGGCUUUCGCUUUUAGAAAAAUGUUAAUGUAUUUACAAAAAGUUUACUUCUCC